AACCAAAAUCUUUAUUGUCAUAUUUCAAUUUGAAACAUUGUACGUUAUUGUACGAGCGUAGACAGACAUUAACAUCACAAUUCGAGAACCUGGUUUGUAUCUGCCGGUCCAUUGCCCUUUAUACGAAUAAAUUUGGUAUUUCGCGUAAUACUACAUGAAUUCGGAUAAAGUGCGGUUGCAUCUAAAAUACAUAGGAUGAUACAGCAUCUAUUACAGAAAGCCAUACAAUUUUCAUAAAUCAUCAAUGAUUAUAAUAAUUAACAUUGCAGAAAAGUGUGAAUUACCUAGUCAGCGUUUUAAACAUGAACAAAUAUAUUCAUAUUAGGGAAUUUUCAAAGGGAAAAAGCACGUCAGAUCUGCCUUCCAUAAACAUCUGAAAAUAAUGAAACGCUACAGUCAGUCUCAGUCAAGUGUUAGACAGUUCAAUUCAUUAUUCAACAAUUUUGAGAUUUUCUCAGCCCACAGACGGGAAACGUUCAAACGACCAAACAGAAGACACAUUAAGUCGAUGGUCGUGUAGUUAAAGAGGUAUUGUUCUUUAUGACCGAGCUGGAAUGUUCUAGGUCUCUGCAUUCCACGUUCUAGCACGCAUCUCUAAUGUAAAGUGAUGCAGAGGAAGCUCGCAAACUCGCCGACAGAUGCGCGCAGCCCGCCCACUGUUUACGUGUGCCAUUUGGAAUUCUUAGACAAUAACAAGGCUUACUUAAAUUCAAAUACUGAUAUUGCACAUUAGCAAAUGUCUCUAAUAAACCUUUUGAACUUUAUGUCAAUACAUAAAUCAGGAAAGUAGUGGUUAGUAAUAAAAUUUUAUUAUCUUCUAUUAAGUAGAACAAACACGUCAAUCAAUGAGAUAGUCUAGACGCAGACGGUGCCAUCGGAGCGGUAACAACAGGAAAGCGAUUGAGAUUUUCUUUUACAGCCGGAUGCCCCAUCUCGGGGAAUCGAGAUUGCGAACUACGCGAACCUUGGUUAACGUGGCGGUUUGUGAGAGUGGGACUGGACUAGUAAUUGCUUAGUGUCGUUAAAUUUUGCAUUUAACUUUAACGUCGAUAGUUAUUACUCGAUCGAGAAUUAUUACGGCGAGUUACUAGAACUCGUCAACUUGCACGUGUGUAGGUAAGUAGGCAUUCGAACCUAAUUAAACGUUGGUUAUAGUUUAUUCUCCGGCCUGCGGCGAGCGAUUCCCACGAACCGCAGAAAGGCAGACCUGUCGCAUUAUCAUAUUAAAGGUAAAUCGUGUACAGGCGUGACGGAGUACCCAUUUCUGCAAACGUGCGGAGUGCGACGCGUUUAACUCACGCUUUAUGUGAUGUCGGACCUUGGCCAGCUUAAUUCAUCUCCGUUGUCAAUGUAAGCAAAUACCUACGUUUAUUUUUCUGAUAAUAAACUAUGACUUGCUACUGCUUGACAAUUAUUUAAUGUAAGUUUCCAUUGCGUACCUACUCAAAUUAAAGCUUACUUGUAAGUACUUAGAAUAAACGACUGCUCAAUCUUUCGAUAAUUUCCAGGAUGGUAUUUCUUUGAUAUGUAGCUAUUAGCACCAACACCCUAUAAGUUAUAACAUGCUAGUUGCUUCCUGCCCAGCGUGCCCAGUGCCCACUAAAGGAUGAGGUUUUAAGAAAGCAAUGUAAAACAUUGUAAGUACAUCGUGAGCCAAUAAACUGGAGUGUAUUAUCAAUCAGGAAAAGGCGCACUACACGUAGCAUUUAUGAGAUCGAUAUAAACAUAGGUUUAAAUAUCAGAAUUGUUGCUAAGGGGUAAAUACAGUGCGUGUGUAGUUGCUUUGUUACAUCGUGCAGCUUUUAUCACGCUGAUUUUCUACCAAAGUAGCAAAUAAGUUAUUAUCUUUAUGCAUAAAUAAUUGUUUUACACGAAUCUUAAAAACAAACUAAAAUAUCAUAAAAUCAAAUAUUCGCAAAAAAUAUUAGGUUUAAUGACAUCAUCAUUAAAACCUUAUGAGAACCUAGCCUUAUUCCACAUAUUGCUAAGUCCCAUUUGGAAAAUUAUAACAACUUGUUCAAGUCAUUAAAACAUUUAUUAUCUUGUAAACUCGCACAUUCAACAUGAGAUACAAAAGAUAAAUCACUACUGAUUGAAAUAAAUGGCUGGCUAACUAUGGAGCAUUAAGUCGAUCUAUUUGCAGCCAAUAAGUCCUAGUGCCAUUUUGGAAUAGUCAACUCGUGUAGAGUUUGUUUACGACUGUACAAAACAUUAUACAAGAACCUUGUUUAUAUUUAAUGUGACCCUAUUACAAGUUUCCAGUAAAAAGAUUUAUAAGCCCGUACAAAAAAGGAGUUCAAGUCUGAUCAUGCAAUAAUUUACGCAUGUUAAACGUUACCGAUCAGGGUAGUAAAGCUAAGCACGAACUUUCUAGAGCGUGACUUGUAAAUCUACAAAACAGAAUCAGUGCGGUCUUUGUAGGAAACAUCAAUACAUUUCGCCAAUGAGGAAUAAGUGGCGUGGCGAUGACCGCACUUUAUACGUACUAACGUACGAUUCGUUUCAAUCAAAUAAUGUCGCUCUAUAUAACUUGUUCGUUCGCUGUGUCAACUUUAAUACCAAUAAAGCAAGCCCAUAUAUCUAGACAACGAACAAGAUUUCAACGAAAAACAAAAUUUCCCAGUUUAAUUGCCUCGUUAAGCCCGGUUUGUUAUUUCACGCCUAUGCGUCAGUACAGCAAUUUAGGAUUGCACAAAUUUACUAAUUGAACAUAUGAAUGAACAUUACUAUCAGCAUACAGUAUCUCAAUUCAUAACAAGUACCACUGCUAAUAAUAAAGUACCGAGAACAAAUGAGUCAAUACGUUAAGAAGUAUCGCAGAUAUGUUUACUAGUUUAAGAUGCAAUAUUGUGAACGAAAAAGAAUAUGGAACACAUUAACAACAUUAUUCAACUCGUAUUUAUAAACUCUACAUUUUUAUAGACAGAUGUACCUAAACCAUACGUUUAUUGUAAAAAGCAUAUUAAAGGAUAUGAGUAUUCUUUACUAUCUCAAACGCAUUAUGAAUAAUGAAUAAAGAUAUGUCCACAACUGCCUGCAAGGGGACAGUUGACCACCCGUGUUGCGUCGCCCCCUCCUCCCGAGAGCAGACGCCUCAAAACCCACAUAACCUGUCACGGCCGGCUGUGGUCAGCAAUGGGAUGGACACGCUUUGCGGUAAUCGAAAAUUAUGAAUGUUUAAUUACUAUACCGACACAAUCACGACACUCAUGCUCCGGCGCCGCUUGUUAUCAUUUAUACAGACUUAACCCGUUUUCAACGCGUAUUUAUUGAUUCUUAGUAAUGACUUCAUAUGGUAACACGAGUUCUGUAUGUUACAAUUUAUGAGGUAUUUUUAAUGUAUUCGCAAUUAUAUGUCGCCACUGUGGCGUUAUUUAAAACCCAAUGUAAAUGAUAUAAGAAUGGCAAACUGCUUAUCAGCCUUUCAUAAAAGCAAACAAAUGUGUAGAUCUUAGUGCGAUAAGUGUCAUCGUGUAAAGUGUACGAACGGUUCACACAAAUUACACCUACGUCGAUACAAAUAAGUAUUUUAUAAGCAGUUAGAAAAGCGCACAGUUAGACCAAAAUGAAUAUGAAAAGCCGCACUUCUUUACCAGAGACCGCUUCCUACCGGGAUGUUCUGUGAGACUAUUGGUAUUCAUGAGUAUGGUAAUUUCUAUACACAAUAUUGUUGGACUGUGCCGCUAGCUUAGUACUAGAUACUAUAACCUAAUACAAUUUCUUUGUCUACCAUUUAGUUUAACAUAUCUUUUUUGAGAUUUUCGUAGCACAUUUUUCCGAAAACUAUGGGUAAAUUAAGAAUCUCACUUCAUCGUAAAAGUGAAGAUAUUCCUUUUAAUUUAUUAAUGCGAGUAUAUUUGCUGUUGGAAAUAAGUAAGUGCGUUCACUAGCAAGGAGGCACAAGAAUGAUAAAUUAGAAACUCGUUAGUUCGAAAAACGUAUGUACAGAUUGUGUCAUUCUAAUAAUAGAGAUCGAUAACAAGGACAGCAUGGGUCAAGUUAACACUGCACGGACACCGGAAUGACAGAGAUCACUGCGUCGACAAUUCACAAUCUGAUGCGGGUUCGACCCCCGUUUGUGUUAACAUAACUUUAUCAAUGUAAUGACACAAAAAGGUUACAGGAACUACAGAGAGUUAGACAAAAAAAUGUAGAAAUGUAUAAGUAAAAUAGUAGCGAAAGGAUCAUUUUAUUCAAAACCGAACAAAAUUUCCAAAAAUUUGUAUUAAAGAUAUUAUGACUUGACAUAAAAAGGACCUUAUGACUUUAGGUAAAUAAACUUAAAUUGGGCAAGUGAAGCAAAAACGGGUAUUAUUGUCUUAUCAGAAAAAAAAACAUUUUAAUGGUUUACCUUCGCUACUGACUGGCACUGUCAUCAUGUAACCAUGUAAAAUAAAUGGCUUAUAGCGCCCUUAUCUUUCCACGCCAUAAUAAGCCUUAUUUAUAUGCAGCGAGAAUUAUGAACGUAAUUACAUUACUAAGUACAGGAAUUAAGACUUUUAUUAAUAGUAUCGGCAAAGGUUAAAAAACUACUCAAGGUACCGCUUUCGUGUGAACUCUAAUCACAUGCAAUUACAUUUGCGCAAUUAAGAUGAAGCUACCUGCUUACUGCUAUCACAGACACAGACAAAAAUUAAAUGUUUAUAGCAAACAUUAAUCGACUCGACAACCAUUGAAGGGAAAGUUAAUUUAUGUAACUAAACGUAGCAAUAGAACCAAUAUUGAUUAAGAUGAUCGAUGAAGAUUUGGAUUCUUCAAGUCUCCGACGUGACGCAAUAUAGACAAGUGUUUAAAACACACAAGUACCCGCCGGCGUACUUACAACAUGCGACAUCAUUUUACUGUAAAGCUCUGGCCAUAAAGAACGUCUUCUUCUUUUAAUUAACAUCUUAUCAAGGGAUUCGUUUAUAAGAAUCCAAUACACAAUUUAUGAGCGGUAUAACAUGGACUUUCUCACGCAGUUUGCUGACCAGCGUCAGCACACCUUAUUUUAUGGCAGCUAAUCAUUUCAUCUUAAUUCUUAGAAAGUUCUUUUCUAUGUAUGUACCUAUAAUGUAUGUUUGUAGGUUGCUCUAGCUAGUAGUAAGCCCAGCGACUAACCAGCGAUGCCACAUUUGCAACCAGUUACUUAAUGACCGUAUCAUAUUCCUAGAAACCUUAUUAAAAUAAUUGGUUUAAGAAAAUUCAAAAAAAGAUAAAUCUAUCUACAAUAAAUGUGCAUACGAAAAGUGUACAUCUUAAAUAAGGGUAAGAUGUUCCAAAAAGAACUCGCAUUUAGGUAAUAAGGACCCUGAAAACGAUGAUUCAGGGAGGCUUCAGUGCGAGGGCGGGCGGGGAGGUGCGCGUACGCACGCGGCGCGGGCUGACGCGGGCCGGCGCGGCUGCCGGCCGCCAGAGCCGCUGCGGAAGCUGCGGCAAGCGCACCUGUAGCGCGACCUCCGCGAUACCACAAACAAUCCUCACGCGACACGCGCGGUACAAAUUACGAAAACAUUACUAUUACCGAUAUAUUCUCUGUGACAUGACUAUCAGUGACUGUUCAGUGAGAGUGUCUCCAGAAAACGCCUAGAAGACGCAUCUACAAUCUGGAUCAACCCUAGACGGGGCGAUGUUAAGAGCGGCAUUGGCGGCGUUGGCGUGCCUCUGCGUGGCGCGCGCUUCGCCUGGCGAGCACAGCUUACGAGUGUACGGGUUAAGCACACAGAACCCCAAGGACGUCACGACUAUUCUGGCGACUAUAGAAGAAAGACUCCGGGUUUUAGAUACUAUCAGUGCUGUUCAAGCGAAGCAAGCACGACGUCUCGACGUAAUUCAAGAUAAACUUGAUCGCAUGGAAAAUACAUUGACUUUAAAAUUAGAAAGAGCUCAAUUAACAGCAGAAAGACUUGAGCAUAGGUUGCACAUGCUACAAAACAAUGUACAGACAACCAUCAAAGAGAGCAGUGAGAAGCUUGAGCGUAGUCAAAUGAAGAUAGCGGACCUAGCUCGCAACUUAACUAACCAUAUUGUAGCACAUAAGCAUUUUUUAGAAAAGGUGAACGGGGCAUACACAGAUACGUGGCACCGAAGCCUGGUGUUAGAGUCUUUGAUGCGAGACGGUCUGUCGUUAGUGAACGUGACGAGGCGAGAGCUAGCUGACGGACUCAGAGCUCUAGCUCGACGCCAAAGAGAUGCAAGAAUGAACUCAGCAGAUUUAGAAGCUAUCUUCACAAAGAGACUUAGCGACAACUCUUAUAAAAUCGACCUUAAGAUGCAGGAGCUUUUAGAAGCACAGAAACGUUUUGUUGAUUCAUGUCAGCAAGUCCAACAAGACGAUCCGAAGCAUGUGACGGAUGUACUAGACAAACUAAUAGAGUCACUAAUUAAACUAACAUCUUCGACAUUCCACGAACUUAAAAAGAUUCAAGACGAUAUAAAUAAGUAUGACAAUAGAGUAAUUAAAAUCAUCAACGCUACGCGGGUGCCACAGGCCGAUGUCACCUGUCGUCGCUUAGAAAGCGCCUUCCGCAAUACAUCCCACACAAUCCUAAAAGAGAAUGAAUUGCGUCAACUGACAGAAAAGUUCGUUUCGUUGACGGACCGAGCCGACGCUGCUCUGCAACGAUUAGAGGCACAAAUGAAGGAAGAUCCGGAAGAACCAGUACCAGCGUCAGACGUGACCGCCGCUGCUGACAGACUAUUGCAAAAACUCCAAGGAAUCAAUAGUGAGGAGUCAGACGAAGAAUACAAUUGGGAGGACGAUGACGCUGGCUACUUCGACGACGGCGGGGGCGGCGACAUAAUGGGCUCUGACAAGGAGAUCCUGAGCAGGAGCCCUGCGCGCAGGACGAGGACCACGACCGUGCGGCCGCUCCACCGGCGACAUCUGCACAACCACCCCUACGACCGCGGUCCCAAACUCAAAAACCCCUCCGCGUCAUAAAUUAAGAUUUUAAUUAUAAUUAUGAAGAAGCC